CCCACUCCCAGUCCCGCCUCUGCAUCCCUCACCAACACGGCCGCCUCAGCAACAGCCCCUCCUGCGCGUCACGGACGUGGCGACUCAUGACGUCAUAGGAAGGCGCCGGUUGUCGGCGGGGUCUGCACGUGUGCAGGGGUGUGGAAACUUACCCGCUGAGGCAUGGAUACACCGCUCAGGCGCAGCCGACGGCUGGGAGGCCUAAGGCCCGAAUCCCCCGAGAGCCUCACCUCAGUUUCGCGGGUGAGACGGGCCCUUGUGGAGUUGCAGUCGAACCCAGAAGAAACGAGGGAGCCUGGGUCUCCUCCUAGUGUGCAGCAAGCUGUCCUGGGGUCCCCGGAAAGACCGCCGGAGACAAGCCCAGGAUCACCCCGUCUGCAACAGGGUGCAGGCUUGGAGUUCCCCCAAGUGCAGCCAGAGCCAGGCCCAGGGUCCCCCCAGCGUCAGCAAGACCUACACCUGGAGUCGCCUCAAAGACAGCCGGAGUCCCGUCCUGAAUCCCCACGAUGUCAGCCGAAGUCAAGUGAGGAGGCAUCAAAGUGUUCUCAGGACCAGGGAGUACUGGCCUCGGAGUUGGCCCAGAGUAAGGAGGAGCUGACCCCGGGGGCCCCCCAGCAUCAGCUACCGCCGGGCCCAGGAUCACCAGAGCCUUACCCCGGUCAGCAAGCUCCCGGUCCGGAGCCCUCUCAGCCACUACUGGAGCUGACACCCAAGGCACCUGGCUCCCCGCGGGGUCAGCAUGAGCCGAGCAAGCCACCUCCAGCUGGGGAGACGGUGACAGGCGGCCUCGGGGCAAAGAAGCGAAAAGGUUCUUCAUCCCAGGCCCCAGCGUCCAAGAAGUUGAACAAAGAGGAGCUUCCUGUAAUCCCGAAGGGGAAGCCCAAAUCGGGGCGAGUUUGGAAGGACCGCUCCAAGAAAAGAUUCUCCCAGAUGCUUCAGGACAAGCCCCUGCGCACAUCGUGGCAGCGGAAGAUGAAGGAACGGCAGGAGAGGAAGCUGGCCAAGGACUUUGCCCGUCACCUGGAGGAGGAGAAGGAGAGGCGCCGCCAGGAGAAGAAACAGCGCCGGGCUGAGAACCUGAAACGCCGCCUGGAGAAUGAGCGGAAGGCAGAAGUCGUCCAAGUGAUCCGAAACCCCGCCAAGCUCAAGCGGGCAAAGAAGAAGCAGCUGCGCUCCAUUGAGAAGCGGGACACCCUGGCCCUGCUGCAGAAGCAGCCGCCCCAGCGGCCAGCAGCCAAGAUCUGAGCUCAGGACAGCCCGAGGCCUUCCAUGGCCAACAAUCAUGUCAGACACAGCACCUCAGGCCGCUGCUCAGACGCCUCUGCUGGAGCCAGCACUCCAACCCCGUGGCUGCAGAACAGGGACCCCACCUCGACCGGGGCUCCUCGGCCUUUGAAGGCUUCCAGGCAGGUCUGUGUGGGACAGAAGCCCAGAGGGGACCUGGGACCUGGCAGAGAUGGGGGCGGGAAGAGAUUCAGCCCCCAUCCCUCCUUCCUCUCCUCCAAGUGCCUUCAAACCAAGAACAGCAAUUCUUCUGGUUCCUCAGUGAGUUGGUGGCUGGCAGAUGACUCCCCCAGCGGUCUAUGCCCUUUCUCAGCAUGCUAGGUCCAUCCCAGGCCUGGAGGCUGGCAGUUGGGAACCCAGCUUCCCCCGACACCUUCCCAAAGACUGCUCUGAGCACCUCCACACCCCACUGGCUCUGUCCCCAGCAAACUGAAUCCGGCUCCUCUCCACUUUUCAACACUGAAAGAUUAAAAUGGGGAGGUUGCAGGGAGCAGAGUUUUUCCCCAGUACCUCCUUUUCCAAACCAGACUCUGCAGAAGCCCCAGAGAAUCUGACUAACUCAUGCCUGUCCAGUCUACAGCAAAAAUGUUUAUUGAGUGCCUAUUGCAUACAGGCACAAUCCUAGGCACCAGCAAAUACAGACAAUAGACCAAAGUCCCUGCCCUCGAGGAGCUUUCAUUCUAAUGGAGAGGAAACAUAAUAAACAAACAAAAUGCA